UUUUUUAUACUUAACUUGAUAAAGAUCAUAAUGAAUAUUCUUAUGAUUGAGAGCCACGCCCAGUCAAUGAGCUACGCCCUCUUUAAGAUUUGCAAAAGAUGCCUGGUAACAACAACAAUGAAGAAGCUCAUUUAGGUGUGCUACCAUUGAACUGGGAGAGAGCUGAAACUCAAGAAGGAAUACCAUACUAUAAGAAUCACAACAAUGGAAGAACACAAUGGGAGCAUCCAGUACUGACAGAACUAUUCAAAGAACUAAGGACACUAGAUGUCAUUAGACCAGCUUAUGGUGCAUACAGAGUAGCUAGCAAACUGAGGACACUUCAAGUCAUUACAAAUUUGCAUAAAGUGAGUAAGGAGAAUGUAUGGAAGUCACUGAAAGAUAUGAAUCUAACUGAUCAAAUGGAGAGUAAUCUCAGUGUCUCAGAGAUAGAGACUCUCUUUGCUAAGAUUUUUUAUAAAGCAUGUGAGCAAAAUAAAUUGGAAGCAAAUGAAGCUGAGGCCUCCAUUGAGAUAUCCUUGAGUUGGGCCUUGAAAUGCUAUGACAGUGGUAGGACUGGCCGUGUCUUAUUAAGAUCUCUUUUUGCUGGUCUCCUUGUACUAACUACAUCUUCUAUCAUCAGAAAAUACAAAGAUUUGUUUAAGUUAUAUGCUAUCAAUGGUCACAUGACUGAUGAAAAACUAGCUCUGUUGCUAAGUGAUGUCCUGUUGUUGAUUGAUACUAUUGAUGAGCAAGAAAUGUUCAAUGGUGAUGACAUACCAGGGACUAUUGCUUCAUUGAAAUCUUUGUUUCAAAAUGGUGAGGAUAUUUCUGAAGGACGAUUUAUUGAAUGGCUCAAGAAAGAGCCACAGCUAAUAGUGUGGCUACCCACACUGCACAGAUUUGUUACUGCAGAAACAGUUAAACAUGAAGCAAAAUGUGCUGGUUGCAAAAUGUAUCCAAUUGUUGGUUUUCGCUAUCGCUGCCUUAAAUGUCUGAAUGUAGAUCUUUGCCAGAAUUGCUAUUGGACUGAAAUGGGGACUAAAUCACACAAAGUUUCACACCCGAUCCGUGAAUACUGUGUUGCUAGCACAACUACUGAUGAUAUGAAGGAUUUUGGUAGUCAAAUGCGUAAUAAGAUUACGAAACGAUAUCGUCGCAAACGUAAAAAUUACUACCUACCAAAGGAAGUCAUUGAAGGAGAGCCAACUGAGAGUCACAGUAAUGAUGUGCAUAGAAGAAUAGCUGAUCUUGUGACACAGCUAUGUGAUUCUGUUGCUCCUCCUCCUCCUCUUCCUACUGCUGUUCCUGAGUUUACUGCAGUCAGAGUUCAUCAUCAUCAUCAUCAUGAACCAAUAAUUGAAGAAGAUGAGAAUGAAAUUACUGCAGAAAGAGUAACUGAACUUGAGGCUGAAAAUAGAUCAUUGAGAGAACGGCUAUCAAUAGCUAACAGUGCAAGCACAGAGUAUCGUAGUCAUGCUACAAUGAGCCCAGGCCCCAUACUGACUAUGGAUACUGGGGAAGUUGUUUAUGCUAGACCUUCAAUGCAUGUACAGCCAACUUCAACACCACUGACAGGUGCUUCAUAUGUGACUUUAGAUGAUUAUACUCUCACUCCAGGAGCAGAAGAGGAUGGACUAAAAGAGCUAUCAGCUCUAAUGGUCCAAGCUAUACCAAAUUCUCAAGAAGCUUUGUCAAUUCCUAGAGGACACACUCCAAGCAAUCAAGGCUUGUUUAGUGCUGCUAGGGAAUUGGACUUGACUCUGGCAGCUUUACUCUAUGAACUUAACCGCUGAAAAACAUACUUUACCUAUAAAAACAUUUUUU